AGGACAAACCGGCAGCAGCCCAGCACUCCCAGGAGCACCGCUGCUGUGAAGUGGAAGGAGUGGAAAUGGCUGGCUUUAGCAGCAAGAGCUUGGUCCUGGUUUCCCUGUUGGGGCUCCUGGCGCUGCUCCUGUGCGGCACCUCUGAUGCACAAAGCAACCAGGAUUGCUGCCUGUCUUACACCAAAGUCCGUUUGCCUCGGUGGGCGCUGAAGGGUUAUACUGAACAGCUCUCCAGUGAAGUCUGCGAUAUCCAUGCGAUCAUUUUCCACACCUACAGUGGACUGAACGCCUGUGUAAAUCCUAAGGAAGGCUGGGUGAAGAAGCAUCUUCUUUUCCUGAGCCAUAAGCUCAAGAGGAUGUCAAUGUGAUACGGUUUCCAGCAGGGAACUGAACAUGGACGUGGCUGAAGAACCACUGGGUUCAACCUCUUGGUUGAGAUUGUCGUCUUGUACACUGUUGUGUGCUUACUCACCACUGUCUCUGGCUUCUUUGGA